GCGACAGCCGUAUCCGGUAGUGGAGCCUCUCACGUGACCGGCAGAAGAGCUGGUGGGCGGGGCUGAGAGAAGCCACAGUUCCCUUCGAGACCCUUGACUGCGGGUGAGAACAAGUGCUACUUGUUUACCUGUGAAGAGGAACAAUGCAGAACGUCAUUAACACGGUGAAGGGCAAAGCGCUGGAGGUGGCAGAGUACCUGACACCUGUGCUCAAGGAAUCAAAGUUUAAGGAGACGGGUGUUAUAACUCCUGAAGAGUUUUUGGCAGCAGGAGACCAUCUAGUUCAUCAUUGCCCUACUUGGCAGUGGGCAACUGGUGAAGAGUCGAAAAUAAAGCCAUAUCUACCGAGUGAGAAACAGUUUCUAUUGACAAAAAAUGUGCCAUGCUACAAAAGGUGUAAACAGAUGGAGUAUUCAGAUGAGCAAGAAGCGAUCAUAGAAGAGGAUGAUGGAGAUGGAGGCUGGGUAGACACUUUUCACCAUUCAGGUGUGAGCGGUAUCACAGAAGCAGCGAAAGAAAUAACCCUUGAGUCCCAGGAUAGUGGGAAAUCAACACAGAAACCUUCGGUUUAUGAUGAAGACGACGAUGAUGAUGGAGAAGCAGCUGAUAUGGAGGCUUAUGAAGAAAGUGGAUUACUGGAAAAUGAUGAUGCCACUGUAGACACCAGCAAAAUCACAGAUGCCUGCAAAACAAAAUCUGAUCUUGGAGGCGAAGAUGCAAUUUUGCAGACUAGAACUUAUGACCUGUAUAUCACAUAUGACAAGUAUUAUCAGACACCAAGACUUUGGUUAUUUGGUUAUGAUGAGCAACGUCGGCCAUUGACCGUAGAAGACAUGUAUGAAGACAUUAGCCAAGAUCAUGUGAAGAAAACUGUGACGAUUGAGAAUCACCCCAACCUCCCACCACCACCAAUGUGCUCUGUCCAUCCUUGCAGACAUGCAGAAGUUAUGAAGAAAAUAAUUGAAACAGUCGCUGAAGGCGGAGGUGAAUUGGGAGUGCAUAUGUACCUUCUUAUUUUUCUAAAGUUUGUACAAGCGGUCAUCCCCACCCUAGAAUAUGAUUAUACAAGACAUUUUACAAUGAACUGAAAUAUAACAUGCUGAAAUGCAAUUACAACAGCUGAUUUUUAAAGACAGUUACAUACCAUGUCUUUUUUUUUGGUUUUCCCAUACAUAAAAAUAUGCAAAGUUUCUUUAAUGUAUUAUAAGCUUAUUUGAUUAAAUACCUGCAUUUAAACAAAA